AUGUCAUUCUCUAUGAAGUCAUCACCAGCGGAACAAAACAGAGACUACAAGGGCAAAGUAACUACGAAAGAGCGGAGCUUUGAGUAUGUAUUAAAGAGCGGAUUGGCCGGAGGUCUGGCAGGAUGUGCUGCAAAAACCGCCGUUGCGCCGCUUGAUCGCAUCAAGAUACUUUUCCAGACAUCCACACCGGAGUAUAUCAGGUACACCGGUAGUUGGGCAGGCUUUGUGUCUGCCAUCUCAGUAAUCAGACGCUAUGAAGGGUGGAGAGGCCUAUUCAAGGGCCAUUCAGCUACGCUUUUGCAGAAGUUCCCUUAUUCUGCUAUCAAUUUUCUCGCAUACGAGCAGAUCAGAGCGACGAUCAUUCCGUCGAAAGACAAGGAGACGCCGCUGCGCCGCCUUAUGUCCGGCAGCCUUGCAGGCUGUAUAUCAAUCUUCUUUACUUAUCCGCUAGAGCUCGUUCGGGUCCGGCUUGCUAUUGAGACGAAUCGCGCCCAAUGGUCUUCCUUACGGGAUAUCUUUCGUCAGAUCCACUACGAGCCCGGCGCAUCCCGUGCCGGUAUAGCAACAACCACAGUCACGGCAAAUGCAGGCUCCACCAAUCAGACUAUCUCUCGUGCUUUCUAUACGAGCUUUCCGCAGUUCGGUCUGGCCAACUUCUACCGGGGCUUUAGCCCGACGCUGCUCGGAAUGCUCCCUUACGCAGGCAUGUCCUUUUUCAUCCAUGACAUUGUGGGCGAUUGGCUGCGCCACCCAGCACUUGCACCAUACACCACAAUCCCACAUUCAGCUCUUAAGCCACGGUCAACUCGCCGGUCUUCUCUGCAUCCAGAUCGACUCCAGCUUGUUCUCCCUGCAGAAUUAUUGGCUGGUGCCCUCGCCGGGGUAAUUGCUCAAACAACCUCGUACCCCUUCGAGGUCAUCCGUCGUCGAAUGCAAGUAGGCAAUGUUAUGCACGGUGGACAUAAUCUUGGAAUUUCUAAGACUUGUCACAAGAUUUGGUCGGAGAACGGGUUUCGUGGAUUCUGGGUUGGGUUGACCAUCGGGUAUAUCAAAGUUGUGCCCAUGGUUGCAACUAGUUUCUUGGUUUAUGAGCGAUUGAAGUGGGCUUUUGGAGUUUGA